AUGGGUAUGGGAGGGUUUUCAGCAGAGGGCGCGGAUCCCGUGGUUACGAGGGCCAUUGAGGAGGACAAGGUGCCGUGGUAUCAGAAGCGGAACUUGAGAUAUCUGUAUCUCUUUUUGUUUCCGACAUGCAUGGGUAUUGAGAUGACCUCGGGCUGGGACAGCCAGAUGAUCAACGCUGUCCAGUUUGUUCCGGCAUGGCAAGAGUACUUCGACAACCCCGGUGACCAUUAUGCCCUCAACGGCACCAUCGCCGCCGCAUACAACUUUGGCGCCAUCGCCAGCGUGCCCUUCAUCCCAUGGUUUGCUCAGCGGUUUGGUCGCCGCUGGUCCAUCUUUACUGGCAGCAUGAUCAUGAUCGUCGGCGCCAUCAUCCAAUGCUGCAGCGUUCACGUGGUCAUGUACAUCAUGGCUCGUGCUAUCCUAGGCUUCGGUAUCGCUCCCUGCAUCGUCUCCGGCUCUGCCUUGCUCGGUGAACUCGGCUACCCGAAGGAACGACCAGUCCUCGGCUCUCUGUUCAACUCCAGCUACUUCAUCGGGGCGCUUGCAGCAGCUGGUAUCGUCUUCGGUACAUCGAAGAUUGGCUCAGACUGGUCCUGGAGACUGCCAUCGCUCAUGCAGGCCAUCCCAUCCUUCUUCCAAGUUGGACUCAUCUUCUUCGUGCCGGAAUCACCCCGCUACCUCAUCUCCAAGGACCGCCGAGAAGAGGCUUUCGAGAUCCUGGUCAAGUAUCACGGUGAAGGCGACCGCAACAACCCCAUCGUAGCCGCCGAGUUCGCUCAAAUGGAGACGACCAUCAAGCUCGAACUCGAGACCGCGAAGCUCUCCUGGCUGGAUCUGGUCAGGACAAAAGGUAACCAGAAGCGUAUCCUCAUCGGCUCUCUGCUCGGUCUCUUCACGCAGUGGUCUGGCAACACGCUCAUCUCGUACUACAUGUCGACUAUCCUGGAGCAAAUCGGGUACACCGACCCCUUCACGAACCAGAAGAUCAACGUUGGCAAUGUCGCCUGGCAGCUUAUCAACGCGACGUUCUUCGCUCUGAUCGUCAACAAGUUCCCGAGAAGGAAGAUGUACUUGGCCUGCGCCUGCUCGCUGCUGUGUUGUUACGUUGGCUGGACUAUUGCGAAUGCACGAUAUGCGAUGACGGAGUCGCUGGUGGCUGGCAAAUUGGUGAUCUUCUUCAUCUUUUUGUACUCGCCUUGCUACAAUUUGGGGUAUAAUGCUCUGACCUACACCUACCUGGUCGAGCUCUUCCCGUACGCAAUCCGAUCCCGCGGCAUCACCGUUUUCCAGUUCUGGGGACGUGGUGCUGGCGCCUUCAGCACAUUCGUCAACCCCAUUGGUAUGGGCAAUGCCGGCUGGAAGUACCUCUUGAUGUACGUCUGCUGGCUGGCCUUCGAAAUCGUCUGCAUCUACUUCCUCUGGCCUGAGACUAAGGGAAGGACUUUGGAGGAGUUGACGUUCUUGUUCGAGGGCAACGACCUAAAGGAGCGCCAGACCAUCGUUGCGGAGAAGCACCUGUUCGGUGCCGGAGACGCUACGUCUGUUGCCGAAGACUUGCCAAAGGGCGAUACGACCGCUGAGACACACGAGGUUGGGGGUAACAAGGCUUGA